CUCAUCUCAUUCCGGCGCUAUCAUCAACACGAGCAGGUUGUGCGUACGAGCGCCUGUGCGUAUACACCUUCAGACGAAAUCUGUGGUCCGGAAGUGUCGGUUCGCGAUCGUUUAGUAGAAGCAUAUCUGCAGUGUGCUUCGCGGUACUAAACCAGGAGAAAAAUUGAUGUGCUCCGUAGGUUGUUUGGUUUAACAGUGUGUUACGAAACGAAUCCGCAGAAGAAGCUGAGUGAAGUGUUUCAGAGCUCUACCAGGUUUGGGAACCGGUAGUUUCUGCCGGAUUGAUAACGGUUGGGAAAUUGUGUACUAUUGUGAGAAGCGGUUGAUUGAAUGUGAUAGUGUUUUUGAUAGUGUCCCAAAACCCCUAAUUUGGGAUCCCGAUCGGCCGGAAGAGAAACAGAGGGCUUGAAGAGUUGACGGCAUUUUUCGGUGUGUUAUAGCAUGCGAACCCGGCACUGAUAGAGCGCAGUCUUGCAUGAUUAUCAAUGAUAAGUGUACUGCAAGCGUUGGAUAAUCUUACAAAAACCGACUGUUGUGUAAGAGCCCCCAUGGUUAUGAUUUAUUACCUUGAGUUCUAAGAAUUCACCUGUUACGGCAUAUCGAUUAUCGGAAACAGUGUUCUCCAUCAAGCAAACUAGGCGCUCUGUUAGUCGACCCGGGACUGUGUGGUUAGUGCCAGCCGACAGUUCGUGCGGGGAAUUUAAACGAAAAAAUCUCUGUGCUGUGCGCGUGUGCUUUUAGUUUUCCUUCCGUUGUGGUGUAAACAAAUUACAUGCACCCGCUCAUCACACCUUCCAUUAAGUUCUGGUAAAUCAUAGAAAAGCAGUCAGCGGGUUGAUAACGCGUAAGAUAUAGUUCCCGUGCCCGUGACAAGCGGUUUCUCAAUGUGUAAUUGCGCUGCUCACCGAUUGCAUGGUGUCCUGGCCGUCAGUCUGUGUUGGUGAAACGUUAAAGAUUUAUGCAAUCGUAAGAUCGGAAGCUGCGCGUGUGAAGCUGUACGAGUGUACGAGCAGCUGGCUGUAAGAUGAGUUAUGUGCGCCACACCGCCGUAGUCGCCGUCUGCCUGCCAGUGCUUGUGAUCGUUCUAGGGGUGCCAGCAUUAGAGUCUUACAGUAUUCCUCAGCAACAGUCCACACAGGUAUUCGGUAGCAGUUUGCUGAUACGACCAAUAGCUACGACCGAUCGAGGUAAUAUCGACGAGAAACAUUUCACACCGAGGAAGCUUCCGUCGCCGAAAUCACAACUGUUUAUACCGGAACAGUCGCCACCGGGGGCAACAACAACGAUAGACAACGGAUUUGGUGGAUCAACCGAACCGGAUGGGAUCGAUCGUAGCUACCGGAAGGUGAAGAAGGUCGUCAAACAUCGGCACCAUCCGGUGCCGCGCCGAAUUAAGCCCGGUUCACCCGGUUGGACCCAUCGGAAGCGACGAUUCAAUCCACAUCUCUUCACUCCCUUUACGAAAUGGGGACCGUGCGAUUACUAUUGCCACCAGAAGCGGGAACGGUACUGCAUCGCCAAGCGCAAAUGUGGCAAUCACAUCCAAACAGAGGAACGGAUAUGUCCCAAGAACAUUUGUGUGCCGCUUCACAUUCCACCGAUUCCUACCGUACAUAUCGAGGACAUAAAGGAGGAGCAUCAUUCAUCCUCACUACCGCUGAAUCAGUUCACGAUCGUCAACUUCGACGGACAUGUGCAGAAGCAGUUGCACCAGCAUGGUAAGAAGAAGAAAAAGAUCAUCAUCCAGGAGGACGAUGAGCUGGAUGAUACGGACAGUGAUACCGAUUACGUUAUACUGAAAAGUCCAUCCGGUGCUAAGUAUCCAUCGUUUCAUCGCAAGGAGGAGUUCUUGUCCCAGAUGAUCAAGGGUAAACCACUGUUGAUCAAUCUGGAUGAUUUCGACGAUAAGCGCAUUCUUUCACCAAACGUAGCACUUGCACCACACUACGACAAUGGGUACGAAACGGCCGCCCAUAAAUUCGUUAAGUAUCCGAGACAGCAACCACACCAGUAUCAUCUGCCGCGAAGGCAACCGUCAAAGUUGAGCGACUACUUCGAAGAUUACUACGACCAUCUGUAUCGUGAUGGCACGGGGUUCUCUAACCGAAAGGGUGAAGAAUAUCCCGACACCGGUGAACAGGAAGAAUGGCGUCCAAUUGUUCCACUGACAGCGAACGUUAGUAAACAUCGUGGAGCUUCUGACAGAUCGCGGCGGUUAGAUAGGAAUUAUGGCGCCAUCUUCCAACACACUACCGAAAAGGUGAUGAAUGAUUCCACCAGCACACAGCGCUACCAGCAGCUGUUGGAAUCAUUUUCCACCGCGACUACGGACAUGGUGGAAGGUCGCCAUACGAAGCGGGAAAUUGAUGACGAAUUUACCAGCUCCAGCUCUAUCGAGGACGAAGAAUCGCAGGGAAAAAUGCUCAAAUCGGGACCAGUUAUGGCACAAAGGAAGGCACGCGAAAAGGCUGUGUUUGAGAUGCCGCGAAAGGUGGAAAAUCCCUACACGAAGUGGAGCAAAUGGUCCAAAUGCACGGCCAAGUGCACAACGAGACGGAUAAAGCGAUGCCGAAUACCGUCCUUCUGUGGGAACGAUGCCAUUCGUGAGAUUGCCUACUGCUACACCGAGGGAAGCUUCUGUGAGGAGUGGAUCGGGAAUCAGCUGUACCAGAACGGUCGCAAUAUUAUUCUACCAUCGGCGAAUCCGCCCUUCAUUUCAAGCACGACCACUACGACCACUACUACCACCACGACAACGCCGCGACCCAGCAGACCGAGACGACCGCAUCCGAAUGGAUUGGGCCGGAGCGACACGGUGUCGUUUCCAUCCACGAUCUCUGCCCAGAUAUUCUCCAACCGGUGUGGUGUGCUGCAACCGGAGUACAUGCCACAGCAGCUGACCUGCGGUUUGCCGAUGGUGCGUGACAAACCAAAGAAGAACUAUCUCUACAACAUGCUGCGUAUCAUUGGCGGUAAAACGAGCCGCCGGGGACAGUGGCCUUGGCAGGUGGCCAUUUUGAACCGUUUCAAGGAAGCUUUCUGUGGUGGAACUUUGGUAUCUUCCCGGUGGAUUUUAACCGCUGCUCACUGCGUACGAAAGCGUCUGUUUGUGCGACUGGGCAAACACAAUCUUCAGCAAACGGAAAGUUCGGAGAUGGAGUUCCGUGUUGAGCUAAGCAUUAAGCAUCCACGGUACGACAAAAAGACGGUUGACAAUGAUGUGGCACUGUUGAAACUUCCGCGGGAAGUAGAGCGAUCAGCGUUUAUUGGAUACUCGUGCCUUCCCGAACGAUAUCAGGCUCUUCCGACUGGGCACACGUGUACGAUUAUCGGUUGGGGAAAGAAGCGUCACAACGACGAUGCGGGUACGGACAUACUGCACGAGGCGGAGGUACCGAUCGUACCGAAUGAACGGUGCCGGGCCGUGUACCACGAUUACACCAUCACGAAAAAUAUGUUCUGUGCGGGGCACAAGCGUGGCCGGAUAGACACGUGUGCCGGAGACUCGGGUGGUCCGUUGUUAUGCCGCGAUUCCACUAAAACAAACAGUCCCUGGACCAUCUACGGCAUAACGAGCUUUGGCGAUGGCUGUGGGAAGCAGAACAAAUUUGGUAUCUAUAGCAAGGUGCCUAACUAUGUCGAUUGGAUUUGGUCCGUUAUCAACUGCGAUGGAAACUGUCGAACGUGAGACUAGCAUUCGGGUUCGGGAAGGAAAUUAAAAAAAAUGCUAUUUCCUUGAUGAAUUAAUUUAUUAGCACCGCAAUGGAACGAAAUGCGGUGUAAUGCGCAGGAUUAAUGCAUAUUUGGUACAUCAGCCGGAACCGCAGCGACGAACAAUGAUCUUUGAUAAUUAUUUAUUUGCGAAUAAGCCAGAUUACUGUGUAUAGUUUAUUUACUGUUUAAAGAAGAAACACAAAAAAAUAAAGUGAUAAUUACAGGUUUACAAAA